AUGGCCUUGCCCCCCGCUACCCUCUUCUGCCUUGGGUUGUGUCUGGGGCAGGUGUGGUCGGCUCAGAAGGGUUCUCUCCCGAAGCCCAUCCUUAGGGCCCUGCCAAGCCCCCUGGUCCCCCUGAAGAAGCCGGUGACUCUCCGUUGCCAGGCACCCCCGGACAUGGACGUGUAUCGCCUGGAGAAGCUGGGCUCGGCCACCUACAGGGACCAGACGAUCCUGAACAUCUCUGCCAUGACACUGGGGGUGGCCGGCCGCUACCGCUGCUCCUAUCAGAACGGGACCCACUGGUCACCCCCCAGUGACCAGCUGGAGCUGGUGGCUACUGGUGUGUAUGCCAAGCCAGCCCUCUUAGCCCUACCCGGAGCCACUGUGCCACAGGGCGGCAAUGUGACGCUGCAGUGCCAGGCCAAGCACGGCUUCGACCAGUUCGCCCUGUACAAGGAGGGGGAUGCAGGUCCCGUGAAGAAGCUGGAGCGCUGGUACCAUGCCAGCUUCCCGCUGCUGGCGGUGCGGGCCCUGCACGGCGGCGUCUACCGCUGCUACAGCUUCUCCAGCUCAUCACCAUACCUGUGGUCGGCCCCCAGCAACCCCCUGCAUCUCGUGGUCACAGGGAUCUCUGGGAUCACCAGCCAGCAGCCCAUAAACGUCCCUUCCCCGGCACCAGCCCCGGCCUCAGAACUCCCAGAGAUCAUCAGGGCGCAGAACUUCUCCGUCUUGAACAAAGUCUCCUCAAGUGAGUCUACCAGGAAGACCCCGGAGACCCCCAAAGGAACCCCCACUGCACCUGCAGGCGUCCCCCUGCAGCACUACUCCACAGGCAACGUGGUCCGGGUGUGCCUGGGGGGCGUGGCCCUGGUUCUGCUGGGCGGGGUCCUGCUGGAGGACUGGCACAGCCGGAGGACAGCGCUGCUGGCCAGGGCCCUGCGCAGGCCACUGCCCCAGCUCCCGCACGGCCGCGGCGGGGCCGCCACAGUCUCAGGAGCGAGGAUGACAGAUGGCGACACGGGAGCUUCUGCUGUGACAGGCACGGGCAUGUGUGAUCUUCCGAAAGGCACUUCUGGGGUGUAG